AUGGCCACCAAGCAGCUGGCUCGGCAACUUGGAUUAAUUAGGAGGAAAUCCAUAAGUCCGGCUAACAGGGAUAGUCUGGGUAGAAUCAGGCCAAAGCAAUUAUUCGACUACUUAAUUAUCAUUGAUUUUGAGUCAACAUGCUGGAAUGAUGGGAAACGCCACUAUAGCCAGGAGAUAAUUGAGUUUCCAGCAGUCCUUCUAAAUACUUUAACUGGAGAGAUUGAGUCUGAAUUCCAGACCUAUGUUCAGCCUGAAGAACAUCCAGUUCUUUCCAAAUUUUGUGUUGAGCUGACAGGCAUAAAACAGGUUCAAGUUGAUGAAGGAGUUCCUCUGAAGAUUUGCUUAUCACAGUUCUGCAAAUGGAUUCAUUCAAUUCAACAGCAGAAGAAGAUAACUUUUCCUCCCAGUAUUACAAAUAAUUCUGCUUCAGAAGUAAAAUUUUGUGCUUUUGUUACUUGGUCAGACUGGGACUUGGGAGUUUGCUUGGAGUAUGAAUGUAGACGGAAACAACUGCGAAAGCCUGUAUUCUUGAAUUCUUGGGUAGACCUCAGAGCAACUUAUAAGCUUUUCUAUAGGAGAAAGCCAAAAGGGCUAAGUGGUGCAUUGCAGGAACUGGGAAUAGAAUUCUCAGGACGAGAGCAUUCUGGAUUGGAUGAUUCUCGGAAUACUGCUCAUCUGGCCUGGCGCAUGAUCAGAGAUGGCUGCAUAAUGAAAAUUACUAAAUCUUUGGACAAAGUGCCACCUUCAAAGAAGAGUCCUGAUUAUGUUGCCAGAGCUUUAAAUCUGAAUCAGACUGAAGAAGAUGAUCUCGGCCAUACGAAUAGAAUCCAGACUUCAAGCAUGGAUGAUUUUUGUGAUGGUGAAAUUAACAUUGGUAAAAAUAACACAAAUCCUAAUGGAAAAAGUCAUCUAAUGUCAGCUUCUAUGAGUUCUUUUGUAAAGACACAUCAAGAUUACUUACCAUCAGAGAGCACCAGGAAUCUCAGUGCAGUUAAAAGUUGUUUCUCAGUUAAUGAAUCUUCUCUUCCUCUUGGGAAACUACAGCCUCCUAAUUCUUACUCACCAGGGUAUGGCCAAAACAAAAUAAAAGGUGAAUGCCUUAUUCAUCAUCCUAAAUACAAUUCUUCAGUACUGGGUUCAGAGUUAGUGCUUGUCUCUACCACCAUUUCAUCCAUUAACAAUAUCUCUGAUACAGAUACCAGUACUAGUCUUGAUUGUUUGCCAAUGCUGGCUGAUUGGGAGGAUGUUGCUUUAUUGCCAGCUUCAUGUCCUGGACAAAAUACAGACUUUGCCCCUCCCACUAAUGACUCAAACCCAGGAACUUCACUGGACCCAGGGGGAAAGUUAAUGGUUUCAAAAGAACCAACAAUGAUAAAUUGCACAGAUUUGGGAAGUUUAGGAAAAGCACCACAAACCCCUGAGACAUCUAGAUCUAUUGUGUACAGAAGCCCGCAUACUACUAUUUAUGAUGUAAAAGAGUCUCCAAACCAGCCUUCAAAUGUUGAUACUUUUAAGUUACCUAAUUUAAAAGUAAAUUUAUUGAGCAGAACUAAGACUGUUUUGUCUCCUCCUUCAACACUGGGGGAACCACAGACUCCUUACUCCAUAGUCAUUAAAAGAAAGUCUUCUAGUCCCCAGGUUUUCUCCCCAAUAAAAAAGCAAUCUUUCACAAUACAUGAGGAAAUGCCUGCAUCUUCUCAUUGUCUCCCAGUAAAGAAUUCAUGUCCAAAGGUUAUGCCCUCUGUCUUAACUUCCUCUGUCAACCUGCAAGACCCCUGGAAGAAUGGAAAAAUGACACCUCCUUUAUGUAACUGUGGCCGAAGGUCUAAAAGACUCAUUGUUUCUAAUAAUGGACCAAAUCAUGGCAAAGCCUUCUAUAGUUGUCCAGUUGGGAAAUACCAGAAGAACAGAAAGAACUGUGGUUAUUUUAAGUGGGAGCAAACACUUCAAAAGGAGAGAACCAAUGGCAUGGAUUGCUCUCUUUCCACAGUAGGGAUCAAUUAUAGAUCUCCUGGAACUUGUAAUUCCUCUAUAAAUUUAAUUUUUUCUCCUAAAACAUGUUUGAAACUCAGACCAUCUAUGAGAAACUGA